GCUCACGCCGACGCCGACCCCGCGGACCUUGGCCUCGCUGUCCGUGCCUCGGCCCCAACCCACGUCUGCCUAUCUCUCCACACCGGCCCGAUAUCACAACGUCCCUCCCGACCACCAACCACCAUGACGUCGUCGUCGCCGUCCUCUAUCCCGUUCCCGCAGCAGUUCAUAUCGACCGUGUCACACUGGCAUGCAACGAACCGCGGCCCCUCGGCGCUCUACCUCCACAACAAGGAUGCCGCCCUCCCCGCGUCGGCGGACAUUGUCAUCGUCGGCGGCGGCAUGAUGGGCGCGUCGCUCGCCUACUUCCUCACGAGGCCGGGCGGUGCCGGCGAGAAGAAGAAGGUCGUGUGUCUCGAGGCCAAGGACCUUGCUGAUGGAGCUAGCCCCAGCGUCGGCCCAAAGACCUACCGCCUCUGGCACGAGCUCCAGCAGCCGUACCCCCUCGGCCUGGGCCUCUCGCCCGAGGACGCAGCCCGCGUGAUGCAGAACGAGCGGGACAACCUCGACCUGGUGCAGCAGCUCGUCGCGCAGGAGGGGCUCGCGGUCGACUUCUGGCGGGGCGACCUGCUCGAGACGCACCACUCGCAGGCGCAAACGGACGAAUCGCGCCGCCUCUUUGGCGAGUGGCGCAAGACUCGCGAGAAGCUCGGCCUUGGGCCUGACGACACGUCGUUCAUCGACGACCCCAAGGAGGCUGAGAGGAUCUCGCGCAUCAAGGGCACGACGUCUGUGCAUGUGCGCCCCGGAGGCAGCGUCCACCCGUGCGUCUCGUGGCAGUGGCGGCGGUGGCGGAGGCUGACUUCGCUUAGGCACAAGCUCGCGACCGCGCUCAUGCGCCUCGCCAUCGACUCCAAGGCGUCCGACUUCUCCUUCUAUUCCUGGACGCCCGUCUUGGCGGCGCCAGUGCGCGCUGGCGACGGGUGGACACUCAAGACGUCCAAGGGCGACAUCUCUGCGGGGCGCGUCAUUCUCGCAACGAACGCGUACACGGGGACGUUCUUCACCAAAGACGACCCCCUGCACUCGCACAUCCAACCCUUCCGAGGCCAGGCGGCGACCAUCACCCCGACGCCGACGUACGCGGGGCAGCAUGCCCUCCGGCACACUUACAACACGAAGCAGGGGCACUACCUCGUCACUACUGCCUCAGGCGAAAUCGUCCUCGGCGGCGGGUGGGGCGCGCUCAUCAAGUCGGGCGAGCUCUCCGAGGCCAAGGUGUACGGCGAGACCAACGACGGGCCCGAGAGCAUCGACCCGGCGCUGACCAAGGACCUCAAGAGCUUCAUGAAAGACAACUUUGCCAACUGGGGCGACGAGGCGUUUGGCGAGGGCCUGACGCGGACGUGGACGGGGAUCAUGUCGACGUCCAAGGACUGGCUCCCGCUGGUCGGCGAGGUGCCGGGCAAGGCAGGGCUGUCGGUCGUCGCGGGGUUCGCAGGCCACGGCAUGUCGCGCAUCUUCACCACGGCGCGCGGGUACGCCGACACGCUCUCAACGGGCAAGUGGGAUGCUGCGCUCCUCCCGCCGUCGUUCGAGCUCACGGCCGAGCGCGUCGAGCGCGUCGCCGCGCAGCACCGCCAGUUCGUGGCCGAGCACGGGGCGCACGCGCGCGUCGUGUACGACGAGAUUGUGGACACGGGCAAGAUCGAGCCCAAGGCGCAUGGAUACCAUGCGUUCGUGGACCGCCUGGAGAAGGACUACGAGCCGCUCCUGCACACGCUCCACCAGCACCAGGAGGCGUUCGUCGGCCCGGCGCCGGAAAGCAAGGCGCUCCUGUCCCAGGCGACGCUCGACUACCUCGAGACGGCGCGCACGCACUGGGAAGUACCCGGCUUCUCGGUCGCGGUCGUCGCGGGGCCCAAGUACGAUGGUGCGGGGUGGAGGCAGGAGCUGAGGGGGUUCGGGGUCGCGAAUGGUAAAGGCAAGGCCGUGGACGAGGAGACACUCUUCGCCAUCGCGUCCAACUCGAAGCACACGACGGCGCUGUCCAUCGGCCUCCUGAUUGACCGCGGCACGCGGCUGCCCUCGGGCGCCAAGCUCGACUGGAGCACCAAGAUCGCCGACAUCCUGCCCGAGUGGAAGCUGGCGGACGAGUACGCUUCGAGCCACGCCGACAUUGUUGACCUCAUGUCCAUGCGCACGGGGCAGCCGUCGCACGACCUCGCACAUGUGGACGGGCCUGCCGAGGAGACGGUCGCGAACCUGCGCAACUUGAAGCCGUCGCUCGAGAUCCGCCAGGAGUUCCAGUACAACAAUGCGCACUACAUCACGCUGUCGCUCGUCGUCGAGCGCCUCUCGGGACAGGAGUACACCGAGUUUGUGCGCGACAACUUCUUUGCCCCGCUCAACAUGACCUCUGCGAGCUACGACCACUUGGCAGUGCGCGACGACCCGCGCGUGUCCGACGGGUUCACGCACGCGGCGGUCAACAAGACGCGGUGCCGCGAGGCGUCGAGCGGCCCAGGCGACAUGGACGUGAGCUGUACCGGCGAAGUGAAGAACAUUGGCUGGUGGAUCCGCUCGAGCGCGAAGAGCGAGGCCGGCGCAGGGGGCAUCAUCCUGAACGCGGUCGACGCGGCCAAGUGGCUGCGCGAGCUGCUCGAGCCGACCGUCAUCCCCGCCUGGCUGAUCGAGAAGACGGGCACGCCGGCCAUGGUCACGGCCGGGGGCUUCACCGACGCGAUCCCAGGGUGGAGCUCCAACGGCUACGGGCUGGCGCAGAGCGUCAACCAUAUCCGCGGCGACAAGUUUGUGUGGCACACGGGCGGGCUGCCAGGCCAGAUGAGCCUCAUCGGCCGCGUGCCGUCGCGAGGAGUCGGCGUGGCGAUCUUCACCAACGACGACAUCUUCGGGACUGGCCUGCACAUGGUCGCGCUGGCGCGCAUCCUCGACGAUCUGCUCGGGUACGAGGCGGCAAACUACGAGCCGGCAAUGUUCGAGCUCAUGUUCCCUGCGCAACCUGCGAACCCUCCCCCGCCGGCUGACCCGCGCGCGCCAAGCGUGCCGUGGGGUGCUGUGCCGGGGAGGUACGCGGCACCGGGCUACGGCGAGGUGGAGUUUACCCAGCUCGACUUGCUCACGCACGACGAGACGACGCGAGCGGUGGUCAGCGUGCUGCGCGACGUUGAGGGCAUUAAUCUGGCUUCGCCAGUGUUCUUGGCGCCCUUCAACAAGGUCUUCGCGACCCACCUCGCCCUGACGCACUUUGACGGCGACCUGUGGAACGCGACCGGCGUGCUCGUCUUCCAGCCCGACAACGGCGAGGAGAUCGUCGGCGAGGACUCGGGCAGCGUCCCGGCGGUCGUCACGGCCCAGGGCAUCGGCAUGUUCGGCAUGUGGUCGCGCAGCGCGCGGAUCAAGGCGCCGGUCGUGGAGGGGGUCGAGGAGGCCGCCGAGACGUGGUUUGCAAGGCAGUAGGCGAUGCUGCGCGGUGCACGCAAAAGAGUCGUAGUAGAAAAGCCGCGGCGUGGUGUGCCGGGCAGGUAGAAGUAACCAUGCAACG